UUCCGUUUACCGAUCCCACGAUUCUGUUUCUCCUGAUGCCGUCGCUCUCGGGACUCGCCGCCGCGAUCCUCAUCGCGAUCGCCCUACUUCUCGCCGGACACUCCGCCGCCCGCGAUCUCCGCCCCUCGGAGCACGGCCUCGUGUUCCAGGCCUCGCCGCCGGCCAAUUCAUCGCCGGAGAUGAGGUCCUUCUUCAGCACCGCCAAGGGCUCCUCUCCCUCCGGCGCGCCGCUCCGGAACGCCACGGAGUCCCUGCCGCCGUCGUGGUGGGGAGUCGGAGGCGGCGGCGGAGGAAGAAGCCCGGUGCGACGAGCGUUGACGACGGCGAGCUUAGUGUGCGGGAUCACAGGUGGCGCUCUGUUAGUGGCUUCGGUGUUACUUUAUCUGUUUAAGCAGCGAAGAAAGCAAACGCAAAACGAAUCGUUUGGCACUUGUAAUAAUAAUAAUAAUAAUAAUAAUAUUAAUAGUAAUAAUUAUCUUAAUGAUGGCAAUAACAAGCUUCAGAUUGUGCCAGUUGUACGCAAUUCUUGACUUCAAUUCCCACUCUCUACUCUCGUGUGUAAAUGAUGGAUGUUCCUCCUUUUCUAUAUUUUUUAUUAUUAUUGUGUACUAUUAUUUUUUGGUGUUCAAAUUAUUUGUAUGUUACAAAAGUUGUGCAAAUAAAUUAACGCUCUCAUUAUUACUCUCUUCGUCA